AUGUAUCUCAAUGUUCGAAGUGAACCUAUGUCUUUUAUUCGUUAUCGAUUCAAGUCUGAGAAGGAUUUCAAAAUCUUUCCUUGUAAUCAGUCAAACAAAAAGAAAUUACGUCGUUGGAAAGAUGAUACUGUUUAUAUCGUCAAAGAUGCUUCGACCGAUCACGAAUAUCAGAAUGGUAGCGAUUUCAUUCCACUCUACAGAAGUGUUAUUGUGACUCGACGACCACGUGAGAUUUACAAGCCAUUAACUCCGGAAACAGUCCAAAGUGAACGCCGACAACCAUCUGCGUUAGUUAGUGGCGUUAUCAAAGAAUAUCAACCAAACAUCAACGCGAUGCGACACAGAUUCAAAUCUACAGAAACAAGUGCUAACCAGUCGACAGGAUAUCCUUACAACGGUUCUGCACGAUUGACGCAAAGCUCCACAAUGACGACAUGUGUAAAACCCAAUUCAUUCCUAAAAAGAUUAAAUCAUACUUUUUCAGUGAAAGAGGACACUACGAUUUUUAAUGUGACUAACACUAAUCUUGUACAGGUAUUUUCGAAUAAAGGUCGAAGUGAUCAGAGGAUAUCUGUCAGUUCCUGCUCUAGUUUUCCAUGUUCAAAUACUGCUUAUCAACAAUCACCACAGUACUUUGCUCGUAAUCGAGGUCGAAAGUUCCAUUAUGCUCAACGUUUUUCACCGUAUCGAUCAUUCUGCAAACCAAUAGCAAAUACGCCUGUUAACUAG